GGAGAAGAAUCGGGUUCAGAUUCGGAUGAUGAAGUUGAGAUUAAUGAUAACGAAGAUGAUACACCUUCUCAACGUCUUGCCAGUUUUCCUGCUAAUUUUCGCGUCAUGUAUAUUGGACAAAAUGUUUCUAAUUCAUGUAAACAUAGCAUUUUCUCCAAAAUAAGCGAAAGUAUGUCGCAAAUUUUUUGGGAUGAAGCAGAUGGUGUUAUGCCAACAAAUGAUAUUGGUUUAGAAAGGAGACUUGUUAUAUGUCCAGUAAGAAAUCUUCCUGAAGAUGGUAGACCUCAAUUUGAAUACCUUCUGGACUUAGGAGUCGCAAUUUAUGAGGCUGAUCUCACGGAUAGAUCUGAUGGAUAUUUCUCUAGAGCAUCAGAAUACUUGCAGAAGACAUUUGCAGAGAAUGAUCUAGACAAUUUGGUUGAUUUAUGUAUUGUUUUCGUACCUCAGGAUGUUGACCGUUUCCCUAAUGAACUUUUACUUACAAUGAGGAAAUUACAAGAGAAAGUUACUUUAUUACCAAUCAUUACCGUGAGUGAUAAUGAGCUUACUUUCACGAAUGAAAGGGAAAAAAAACGUCGAGCAAUUGUAAAAUUGAUCGAAGACAAUGGGAUUAAAAUAUUUACAUGGAAAGCCGAUCAAAUGAUUGAAGAUAGAAGAGAUCAUAGAUGGGUGGAAACUGUAUAUACUAAAAAUUUUUUGAUCGUAAACGAAUUUAUUUUUUUUGACAACCAAGCUAUUUACGACGAUUUUCAACUUUUACGUUCACGUGCUAUUGAAUUCAGAAAGGAUCGACUUAAUAAAGAACGUGCAAAGAAACGGUCUCGAUAUUUCGAUAAAUUAGUUGACAGUUCUAAAAACAUUAUUAAUACCUGUGCGGCUUUUUAUAUAAUUUAUUUGUUUGUUACUUGUAUCUGGCAUUAUGCAGAGUGGUCAGUUAUUCCUUCUGAUUUGGCAUCAUCUCUUCAAGCUGUGUCAAGAGCGUCUUUAAAAGCCCAAAAUAAAAUUGUGCCUCAAACAAUACCUCUCGAUAAUGGUGAAACUCAACCUCUUAUUGAAGUAUUUCAAGAAUCUUCGAAUAGAUUCAUGUUUAAUAUAUUGAAUAAAAAACAAUAUUUUGAAAAUCGAAAUGACUUUGAAGUUGUUGUAACACAAAAUUUGGGCCGUUAUGAUGUCCAGGAAAUUGGCAAUAGUCGAUACAUGUUUGACAUUGAUACUACUGGCUCAAAAGGUGAAGUUUUGGUCGAAAUUAAAGAAAAGAAUGGAUCAUCGAUAAAAAUCGUAACCUGGGUACCGAAGGAAGAUAAAACAAAGAGUAAUGAUAUUGAAAAUCAUGAGAAGGAGUCUACUCUUUUGGAUUCAUAUUCUACAUAGAUCAUUUAAUUCCGGCCAAAUUUAAACAAUCACGUGACACCGGUGCCGGCGAUAAAUAGCAAACUCCUUAUAUUUUUCUGAUAAAAUUACUGUAUUAUAUUAAAAAUACAUUGAAAGUUAUUUCUUUAGAAUAUUAUAAAAAAUCUAUCAAUAGUAUAUCUUAUAUAAUUAAAGAGUUAUUUUUUGCAAAUGGAAAUAGAAUUUAUUAU